GCGCGCCCGCGGGCCGGCCGCAGCUGGCGCGCGCGCACGCGCUCUACUGCCGCUUCGCGCUCGCCGCCACCUCCGUGUACCUGGCGCAGGAGUGCGUCUACGCCUACCAGGUGCGUAAUGAUAUGGACAAGCUGGCGCGCGUGAUGUUCCUGCUGCUGUGCCACGUCACGUCCAUCACGAAGCAGCUGGUGUUCUACAUGAGUGCCGACAAAAUCGACGAAAUGAUCAGCGCUCUCGAUGAUCCCCUGUACAACCAGCCGGCGGCGUGGCAGCGCGCGCUGCUGGCGGCGACGGCGCGCAGCGCGGGCCGGCUGCUACGCGCCUACUCGGGCACGGCGGUGGUCACGUGCACGCUCUGGAUCAUCUUCCCCAUCCUGUACUACGCGCAAGGACUGCCCGUUGAGUUUCCCUUUUGGACCAACCUCGAUCAUAGCAAACCGACUUUUUUCGUGAUUUUACUAAUGUACUCAUACUACGUGACGACUUUGGUGGGCAUAGCGAAUACCACUAUGGAUGCCUUUAUGGGGACAGUAUUGUAUCAAUGCAAAACACAGUUGAGAAUUUUAAGGAUGAAUUUGGAAAAUCUGAUAGAAAGGGCAACAACAGUCGUGAAGGAAAACUCUGAUGAAAUAUUUGAUAAAGUUUUAGACAGAUUAUUCCUUGAAUGUCUAGAGCAUUAUCGGCAAAUAUCCGAGACCAAUCGUCGGCUUCAGGAUAUUUUUGGCACGUCCAUACUAGUUCAGUUUGGCAUUGGUGGUUGGAUUCUCUGUAUGGCAGCUUACAAAAUGAUUGGGCUGAAUAUUUUGAGUAUUGAAUUUGCAUCUAUGACUCUUUUCAUCACUUGUAUUCUUACGGAAUUGUUUCUCUACUGCUAUUACGGCAAUGAAGUGACAGUAGAGAGCGACCGCAUGGUGGAGGCGGUGUACGCCAUGGAGUGGCUGCACGCGCCGCUGCGCUUCAAGCGCUCGCUGGUGCUGCUGAUGGAGCGCGCCAAGCGCCCGCUGCGCCCCGCCGCCGGCCUCAUCAUCCCUCUAUCUCUCAACACUUUUGUGACGAUCUUGAGGUCGUCCUACACGUUUUACGCAGUACUUCGCCAGACAAAGUAAACAACACCAUAAUGAAUAACCUUAGUAUGUGUAAGUGCAGUUCACGUGUAGAGAAGUCGACGAGUGUUGUUUUUACGGUGAAGGUGCUGCAAAUGGAGUGUAUUCCACAAACAGCGGCACGCGCGCGGCGAGAUACAACAACAACGCUGCGGCCUGCGCGCCGGGCAGUCGGCGCGGCUCUACGUCGACGGCCCCGACGAUAUUGAAAAGUAAUGGUCGUCGUAAAAAUAACAAAACCGCAGAACGCCGCUACAACGGCAUUAUGAAGGGGCUGUAUUCAUGCCGCAGCGAUAUUAGACAUCUGUGUUAUUCUUGCUUAAGCAUAAAGUUCAGCACGAAUACAUA